AACAGGGUGCCGCCAUCUUUGCGAAGAGCGCGCACGUCGGCUGCAGAUGAUUUGCAAAUCUUUGCUUUAAUCUGAAGAAUUCCUAAGCUAAUGGGUCAUUUCCUCCAAGAACUUGAGUCCAGGAACCUCCAGGAAUCAGUUCAAACCGAUUUGCGAGCCACAGUCAGGUCAUUUCCAGAUCACGCUUCAAGUUCAGCGAAGAGCGCUGCCUAUCUUAUUCCUUCGGGACUGCAGCCUGAACUUUGACAUCGUAGCAUGGCGGAAGACGACGACCCGGUAGUGGACGAGGUUGAUGUCUUCCUUGCAAAAGGGCUUGCAGAGAACUUGUACCUCUUUCAGUACCCUCUACGGCCAGCAGGAGUAAUCCAUGACCCUGCCAAGGUCCAGGCAGCACGGUUCAAACCUCACCAUAAAAAGGUUGAGUUGGAAGUUGGGAUUGAUACCCAGAGUCGGCAGUAUGCGUGGAGCAAAGGGGAACAGAUAGCACUGAAUGUGGACGGCAAGGGUCAGGAGGCCUCACAUUUUGGAAGUGAUGUCAUGGAUAAACAGGUCCUGGCAUCAACCACAGUUCCCAAUCCAGCCUCCUGUUAUGCUGUAGGCAUGGUCAGAGAUGGUGAGUUACACCUGACACCUGUCCAUGGAGCGGUACAGAUGAGACCAUCCUACAACUACCUGGACAAAGCAGACGUGAGGAUGAAGGAAGCUGCAGCUGCCAUGGCUGCUGAUGCUGGGGAGUCUUCUCAAGAUGAAGAAGAAGAUAAUCCUAGAGCUGUCACGGUGCGUUUUGCCCGCCCAGAGACAGACGAGACAAAGGCCCGCAGAAUGGCUUCAUACCAGUACAUAGAACAGCAAGUGGCUGAUGAACAGUGGGUCAGCUGUACCGUACAUGGAGACAAGGGUCCUUUUGCGGAAAAGGAGAGACAAUUACUGUACUCCAGAGCUACAGACUUUGAUGCAUCCCACUUAACCAGACCUCCAAAAGAGUACUUAUCCAUGCUUCUACCUGAGACUACUGAAGAUAACAGUGAGAAGCCAGCCAUGCCCAGUAAUGUCCUGUCCCUGUCCCAACUGAAGAACUUGAGUCUAGGGGACCAGGUCAAGGCACUCAUGACUAAUGCCAAGAUGAUGAGUUUCUCCCAGCUGCUGGCCCUGCUGACCAGUGGGGUGGACCCUACAGCAGUGCUGCGGACAGUCCAGCAGGUGGCCAUGCUGGUCCAGGGCAACUGGGUGGUCAAGAGUGACAUCCUGUACCCCAAAGACACAUGCAGCCCCCAUAGUGGCACCCCUGCUGAGCUGGUGUGCAGAGGCAGGGACUAUGUGAUGUGGCGCUUCACCCAGUUUAGAUUCAUAGUGAGGAAGGAAGUCACUUCCAUCAUCAAGCUGCCACAUGAAGAUGUGAAGGAGAUUUUUGAACAGCUGGCCGUGGUGCGUGUGAACAAAGGCUGGGAGUUCCUCCUGCCACAUGACCAGGACUUUGUGGACAGGUAUCCUGACGUGGUGCAGAGGCAACAGAUGCUCUGGGAUGCCAAGUAUUCACAAUUGUCCAAGUUGUUAAAGCUGGCCAAGGGGGACACUCCUAAGAAAGGAAAGGAGCCCAUCCACCCAGGCCAAGAAAAGGAAUCCGUGGUAGUCUCUGGACAGGAGAGAGUGAAGACGGCACGGCAGCGCGCCCGAUCCAGGUCUCAGCAGCACAACGAUCCGAGUAGCACGUCCUUGCAAAACUCUGCCGCAUUACCCGACGCAGCCAUUGUUAAGACUGAACCAACGGAUGCCGGGGAACCCAUGGACGUUUCCAGUGGUGUCGACAACCAUUUGGGAAAUGGAGAGCUCCCUAAGGGGGCCUCUGCUCUUGCUGCUAGCGCUAGUGACAAUUCCGGCAAACCGUCGGACGAACUUAGGACAGAGGUGGUGAGGUUUUGUAGCGAGAAGUUGAGGAGUAACAUGGUCCUGAGUAUGAGCGAGAUGAAGAGAUUGUUGCUGCUGCGGUUGUCGCAGUGUCCGCCCGGCGACGUGCUGGGCACGGGUGUGUCCGACAAACUACUGGAACAGUCCACGUUUGAAGCGGGGGCCAUGCAGAUACAGCUACCUUGGCCCCCGAAUUCUGAUGCUACUCCAGAUCAACAGAAGGUUUUUGCUCUGGCUCAUUUGGGAGACAAGUAUGAUAAGAUUCGUGAGGUCAUUUUAGAGAUGUUUAACGAGUCCUUCAAGCUCCGGCGCAACGUCAUCAACACCAAAGUCCAAGAAGCUAUUGGUCAAGAGGCCAACAAACACGACAUAGAAAAAGUUCUCAGGGAGGUGUGCAUGGUGAAAGGCAGUCAGUGGUAUCUAAAAGGAACCCUAACCUCCUAGCACACGAUGAAACAUCAAGUCACUCUUAAGUCUCUGCCAAGACCGUAUAUUUAAGUUUUGUACAUGAAAAACAGCCAAGAUGAUGGAUUUUGAAGGAAAAAUUGAUAAAAACUUGGCCAGUGUAUAAUAUUUCUUUGAAACUCUUACUCCUUGUAUUGAUAAUGUUUGUUGUUUUGUGUUGAUGUGGUCAGAUAAUAAAGUAUAUUCUAUAGAAAGAUUUGAUAAUGUCUACACAUACAUAUGCUCUUAAAUACAUUGAACAUGUGAUGGGUAGCCUACAGCAAAUCACGAACCAAAGUUUACAUUGGACACAGGUGAACAGAAGUUCAGAAAAUCAGUACCAUUUGAUUUCAGCAAUGCUUUAAGUUCUAUACAUGUAGAUAUUGGGUUUAUCCUUCCUGAGAUUGAGAACAAGUUAUCAGAAGUACAUGUAAUUAUAAGAAUGAUGCCUAUGUUCAAGACCACAGUGUAAAUACACUAUAACAGCCCUGAGGACACAGAAUGUUAUUUGAUAUACGCUGCCUUUGUUAUUAUGUGAAACUCAAUACCUUGGACAACAUUCGAAAAUGAAAUUAUCAAGUGUACUAGCUUGCCAUAGAUGUCAUCUUUUCGACAAACAAUAAUUUACAUUCCUUUUGUUUAUUUUCCUGAUUUGCAAUGAUGUCAUCUUAACCUUACACAUACUGAGUUACCUGAGAAUCAGUACCAAGUGGGAGGUGUACAUUUGCUGGUAUCAUGCCAAGGGUUAACAUUAUUUGUACAACCAUUAAUAAUAAAGAACUGGCCAGAC